AUGCAGAUCCCGUUAUUAACGCUUUUUGUCUCAUUAUUGGCGAUAGCUGGCAGAGUUGCUGCAAAUGAUGAGAUCACCCCAGUUAUGUCCGAUGAACGCGUAGUGUUCCAAACGGAGUAUGGUGACAUCACGUUCGGGUUUUGGCCAGAGGUGGCGCCGGUAACGUGCGCCCAUAUUUUCAAGCUAAUCCGCAUGGGUUGCUUUAUCAGCAACCACUUUUUCCGCGUGGACAAGGGUUUCGUUGCGCAGAUCUCUGAUGUCGUAGGUGGUCGCACGGUUCCUAUGAACGAUGAGCAGCAGAGAGAGGCCUCCAAGACGGUGCCCCUCGAAGUCAUGCAGGGCGUGAAGCACCAUGCCGGCGUGUUAUCGAUGGGGCGCUAUGAUGACCCCAACUCGGGUGCCUCUAGCUUCAGCAUUCUGCUGGGAGAUGCACCGCACCUUGACAUGCAGUACACCGCAUUUGCCAAGGUGACGGAGGGCAUGGAGUCUCUGCGGCGGAUGGAGGAGCUACCGACUAGGCGGGAGGGCAUCUUCGUGAUGCCAGUGAAGCGUGUGACCAUUCUUGCAACCUACUGGUACCGCCAUUGUGAGGAUGAGCUUGCGGAGCUGACGAUGCGGUUCGAAAGUCAGGCUGACGAGCUACAGCGGGUCCGCAAAAAGUGCCUGCCCGUUUGA